ACUCCCCCAACUCCUUCUUCUGACCGAACGACGUGUUCCACAUUCUUAUUUUCUGUCCGCGGUGUCAACGUAACUGUCGCAUUUCCCUUCCCUACUUCCUUCUUCUUUCUUUCACACUUGUUCAACCUCUUCGUAAGCCAAUUUUAUUUAUUUAUUUAAUCAUUCCCUAUCUACCAAAAUCUUGGAUUGGAUAUUUCCAUCGAAGAAGAAGGAUUGUGGAGUUUUUGAUGAUAAGAAGAUAAGAUGGCGUUUGAUGUAGAGUCUUUGGCGGAGGCAACUUCCGGAGCCAUUGGAGCUCUGGUUAGCACCACAAUCUUAUACCCUCUUGACACUUGUAAAAGCAAGUAUCAAGCAGAAGUUAGAGCUCACCAUCAACAAAAAUACAGGAACAUUUCUGAUGUUCUGUGGGAAGCAAUUUCUACUGGUCAAGUUAUUUCACUGUACCAGGGCCUUGGAACAAAAAAUCUGCAGUCCUUUAUUUCACAGUUUAUCUACUUUUAUGGAUACAGCUUCUUUAAGAGGCUGUACUUGCAGAAAAGUGGAAGCAAGACCAUUGGUACGAAAGCAAACUUGAUUGUUGCUGCUGCUGCCGGGGCUUGUACUGUUAUAAUUACACAGCCCUUGGACACAGCAUCCUCAAGAAUGCAGACAAGUGAAUUUGGGAAAUCCAAAGGACUCUGGAAGACACUUUCAGAGGGCUCUUGGCGUGAGGCAUUUGAUGGUCUUGGCAUAUCUCUUCUCUUGACUUCAAAUCCAUCUAUUCAGUAUACUGCAUUUGAUCAAUUGAAACAACGACUACUUAAGAGGCAGCUAAAGGAGAAAACAGGUACGGAGCCAUCCCCAGUGGCUCUUUCAGCCUUUUCUGCAUUUGUACUGGGUGCAGUCUCAAAGUGUAUUGCUACAUUCUUAACUUACCCAGCUAUCAGGUGUAAGGUCAUGAUUCAGGCUGCAAAGUAUGAUGAUGAUGGUGAUGAUGAUGAAACCAAGACAGCCCAAUUAAAACAUCAAAAGACAGUUUCAGGUGCACUUUAUUCCAUUUGGAGAAGAGAAGGCCUGCUGGGUUUUUACAAAGGAUUAGAAGCCCAGAUCCUGAAGACUGUGCUAAGCUCGGCAUUGCUUCUAAUGAUAAAGGAGAAGAUCUCAAAGACCACAUGGGUCCUAAUGCUUGCACUUAGAAGGUAUCUUUUUACGACCCGCACCAGAUUAAAGAGUGCUUAAUGACAGCAAGAAUUCUAGCAUAGCAUUCUUGGCUCCAAAGUUCAUCCACCUUGAGGAGGAAAUUUGAGCAAAAGCUAUCACUUUUGGUGGGCACCGGAGGGCAAAUUUUGUUCCUGCAGAUGGAAGAUUCAUUUUGAAACAACAAUAAAUUUGUUCUAUUCCUUAAUGACGGUCUUAGAUCUGUACCAUCCUGAAAGUAAAAUUCUUUCACAUGGCUUCAGCAGCUACCAUUGGAAUAUAUUCUAUUUUACAACCAGUGAUCAAGUUAUAUGUGGGCAGCUUGCCAAUCUAUAUGGUAAAUGGAUGGGGUUGGAUUUAUUUGUCA